AUAGCUUAAAGAAAAAAUUAGAAAGAAUAAAAUAUAUAUAUUAAGUUAAAAUUAUUUCUUAAUAAUAUAUUAUCUGGAAGAUAAUACAUAUUCUAGUAUGUAUUCCUUACUUAAUAAAACAGAAAAUGCUCACGAAGAUAGUAUUUGGACCUGUGCUUGGGGCUGUUUGAAGAAGAAAAAGGAAUCACAGCCGGAUAAUGAAGAUUCACGUGAAUCAAUACAAUUUAAUGAAGAUGAAAUAGUGGAAUAUUUAGUCACUGGCUCAGUUGACGAUACUGUUAAAGUUUGGGAACAAAAGGAUAAAAGUUUACAAUUAAAACAUAAAUUAACUGGUCACUCACUUGGAGUGGUAUCUGUUGCUGUAAGUUCAGAUGGUUCAAAAUGUGCAUCAAGUUCAUUAGAUUCUAGUUUAAAAUUAUGGGAUUUGGAAACAGGAAAUAAAAUAUCAAGUAUUGAAGUAGGCCCUGUAGAUAUUUGGACAGUAGUAUUUUCCCCAGAUGAUAAAUUCAUUGUAUCUGGUAGUCAUUCAGGGAAAAUACAUUUAUAUGGAACAGAAAGUGGUAAACAAGAACAAACUUUAGAUACCAGAGGUGGUAAAUUUACAUUGAGUGUUGCCUAUAGUCCUGAUGGUAAAUAUAUUGCUAGUGGUGCAAUAGAUGGAAUUAUAAAUAUUUUUGAUGUUACAUAUGGAAAAGUAUUGCGUACAUUGGAAGGACAUGCAAUGCCUAUUAGGUCUCUUUGUUUCUCACCAGAUUCUCAAUUACUUCUUACCGCAUCAGAUGAUGGACAUAUGAAAUUGUAUGAUGUGAAAGAUGCUAAUUUAGCAGGAACUAUGUCAGGUCAUGCUUCAUGGGUACUUGGUGUUGCCUUUGCUCCAAAUGGUCAACAAUUUGCAUCUAGUAGUUCAGAUCAUACAAUUAAAGUGUGGGAACUAGCUCAAAGACAAUGUUUACAUACAUUUAAUGAACAUAAUGAUCAGGUAUGGGCUGUAAAAUACAAUCCACAAAGAAAUAACAUAAUUGCAUCAGUAUCUGAGGAUAAAUCUAUUAAUCUUUAUGAAUGUCCAUUAUAUGAUAAAUAAAUUUUUCUUAAAUAACUAUGUAUUUUAUAUAUACAGGUAGUUAUAAAAAUAUGAGACAUCUUUGGCGGAUGGAUUUGCGAGAUCAAAAGAUAAAAAAAAUAUAGGCAUGCAGGUGCAAUAAGAUUUAGUUAUUAAAUUAUAAGUAUUUCAAGUUUACAUUUAAUAAAAUAACAGCACUAAGUUAAGAAUGCCUGCAGUGAAACUCAA